GAUAAAGUUAUGGACUGUGUCGCGAUAUUCAUUAUGUGUAUGUUGCUUCUUUUGUAAUAAAUAUUUCCAGGGUACUUCAGGCUUGAAGUACCUCUGUUAACUGAAAACGAGGAGUAAUACGUUUGCUGAAAUCUCAAUGCCGUAUUGUGUGGAUAUUAUUAUUUCACAAGUAAUAAUAAAUGAAACCACUUUAUUUGAUUCUAUAACCUGCUCAACAAGAAUGCUAGUGGGUUAGUACCAGCUCUGAUUUAUUGAAUUAUACGGGUAGUCUGCAAAAUUUGUGAAUCUAAUAUAGCCUUAAAUAGUGAGGUAUUCAGCAAGUUCAUUUCAGAUGAGGAUUCGAUAAAGUAUGACGAAUAGGUUCUGAACUGCACCUUUGGUAACCUGCGAAAGAUUAUAUUGAGUCUGAAACCCUUUUACUCACACAUUUGAUAUUUGAAAUUGAACAAAAUGGCAAUUUUGUUCUUGAGCAAGAGGAGCCAUUAAUGCACAGGGUUAUUUAAGCCUUUUUUAUUCAUUUGACCUUCAUCUUACUCAAUAUCAGACAAAACAUAAAUAGCAUACGGGUGAAGAACAACUUGGGGUUCAUUUAAUCCAUUCCAUAAAAUUUAGUUCAUGAAUAGAAUAUCUUUUACAAGGGAACUCAACCCAUUCCCAAUGAUAUUUCAAAUCCAAAAGAGAGGAAUGACCUCUAUUACAAGUCCAUCCCUGAUGGAAACUGUGCAGCGGUCUGUUUCCACUAGUGGAUGGAAUCCACAGCAAAAAUGCUUUCGAAACCUCAUGAAAUCUCUCCGUGAUGCGUAUUUUCACGAUCGAUCGAAGCUGUUUUGGGCCCGGCAUCGUGUAUUGGUGGAGUUCUACAAAUACUCCAAAGUGGAGGAUCACGCCACUAUUGAAUUAUUAGUUGGUCUUGGAAAUGAAAUAGCUACCUUUGUGAGUCAGUACAUGAAAAUGGAUGUUGAGCGCAUUGUUAAACAUAAUCAGAAAAUGUUAUCCCUCCCCGUUGAUAAAGCUAAACGUUAUCGUGCAGAUUACUACUUGCACGAGCGUCAGCACGAGUCUUGGUGCAAGCAGAAGAUCAAGGCAAUCAUGAAUCGAAGGCCUCCCCCUCCAUACCCAUUCUUUUAGUUAUCAAGCAAGAAAGCUGUAAUAGUCAUUCGAUUAACGACAAAAAUAAGGGGUUGUGUAUGAAUAAUUUUUCCUUCAUCGAGCGCUUCUGCUCUUGAAAAGAUGUCUUGUUGUUCCUCACACAUCUAGUUUAAGCGUUCAACGUACGCUAAGG